CCUCUGCGCCGCUGGCUCCUCCUCACCCUCCUCCCUCCUCAGCCCAGGCGGGCCAGCUGGGACUCCUCGUGGAAGCGGCGCCGGAGUGGCUGAGCUGGAUCGGAGGAGCAGGUUCUUGGUCGGGGAGCUGUGCUUUAUACUGGUUCACCAGGAAGCAACUCGGUGCAGCAAAGACUUUCCCCAGGCCACCAGGACCUACCUUAUUGACUGCAGAUUAAGAACUCUUGUUCUAAAUUGUAGCCGUUGUCAUGGGAGGAUAAAUGAGUGUUGGCAUCUCCUUCUUGUUGCUGGACCCAUUUUAAUUUUGGAUGAAACAUCCUCUUGAGAGAGAAAAUUAAAAAUGGCAUUUCGAAAGGCAGUGAAAGGAACUAUUCUCAUUGGAGGAGGUGCUGUCGCAGCUGUGUUUGGUCUCUCUCAGCUUUCUCGGUAUAGAAACAAGCAUGGUAAUCUUUCAUCUGUUGAAGCUUCAGAAUGUAGGUCCAUACACAUGCAAAGCUCCCUUCCUUCCAGAGAAAACCAGAUGCAGGCCUUGCAGAACACGUGUGAAUUUGACGUCCUCAUCAUAGGUGGAGGUGCCACAGGAAGUGGCUGUGCCUUAGAUGCUAUCACAAGAGGCCUAAAAACAGCCCUUGUAGAGAAAGAUGAUUUCUCAUCAGGGACCAGCAGCAGAAGCACUAAAUUGAUCCACGGUGGAGUGAGAUAUCUUCAGAAGGCCGUCAUGAAGUUGGAUUUUGAACAGUACAGAAUGGUGACAGAAGCUCUCCGUGAACGUUCCAACUUGCUUGAAGUUGCCCCUCAUUUAUCUGCUGCUCUGCCUAUAAUGCUUCCUGUUUACAGAUGGUGGCAGCUGCCAUACUACUGGGUAGGAAUUAAACUCUAUGAUCUUGUAGCUGGAAGCCAGUGUCUGAAAAGCAGCUAUGUGCUUAGCAAAUCAAAAGCCCUGGAACUCUUCCCUAUGUUACGGAAGGACGAACUCGUAGGUGCCAUUGUCUACUAUGAUGGACAACACAACGAUGCACGAAUGAACCUUGCCAUUGCCCUCACUGCUGCCAGGUAUGGUGCUGCCACAGCCAAUUACACUGAAGUGGUACGCUUGCUGAAGAAGACAGAUGCAAAGAGCGGGAAGACUAGUGUCUGCGGAGCAAGGUGCAGGGAUGUUCUAACAGGGCAGGAAUUUGAUGUCAAAGCCAAAUGUGUUAUCAAUGCUACAGGACCUUUCACAGACUCUAUACGGAAAAUGGAUGAGCAGAAAGUAGCAAACAUCUGUCAGCCAAGUGCAGGCGUCCAUAUUGUGAUGCCUGGCUAUUACAGCCCUGAUAAUAUGGGACUCCUGGACCCAUCCACUAGUGAUGGACGAGUGAUUUUCUUCUUGCCAUGGCAAAAGAUGACUGUUGCUGGGACCACGGAUACUCCAACUGAAGUCACACAUCACCCAAUUCCUACAGAAGAAGAUAUCAACUUCAUUUUGACAGAAGUGCGCAACUAUCUUAGCUGUGAUGUUGAAGUGAGGAGAGGAGAUGUCCUGGCAGCAUGGAGUGGGAUUCGCCCCCUUGUGACAGACCCCAAUUCUAAAGAUACCCAAUCCAUAUCUCGGAAUCAUGUGGUGCAUGUUAGUGACAGUGGCCUUGUGACUAUAGCAGGUGGGAAAUGGACAACCUAUCGCUCAAUGGCACAGGACACCAUUGAUGCUGCUAUAAAAGCUCAUGGCCUUCAGGCAGGUUCCUGUAAGACAGUAGGUCUCUUUCUACAGGGUGCAGAAGGUUGGAGCCCUACCCUUUAUAUUCGACUAGUUCAAGAUUAUGGACUUGAAUGUGAGGUUGCUCAGCACCUUGCAAAUACAUAUGGUGGCAAGGCUCUUGAAGUGGCAAAGUUAGCCCAAGUUACUGGAAAGAGGUGGCCUAUUGUUGGAAAACGCCUUGUAUCGGAGUUUCCUUACAUUGAGUCUGAGAUUGAGUAUUCAAUCGACGAGUAUGCCUGCACUGCAGUGGAUAUGAUUGCUCGUCGCACACGCUUGGCCUUCCUGAAUGUGCAAGCUGCUGAGGAAGCCUUACCAAGAAUCAUUGAGAUAAUGGGGAAGAAGCUCAAGUGGAGUGAACACAAGAAAAAGGAGCAACUUGCAGAGGCAAAGAAGUUUCUGUAUUAUGAAAUGGGAUACAAAGCACGGUCAGAGCAACUGACAGAUCACAGUGAAAUCUCUCUGACUGCAGGAGAUAUUGAGAGAUAUAAAAAGAGGUUUCACAUGUUUGAUAAAGAAGGCAAAGGUUUUAUUACUGUAUUGGACGUGCAGCGUGUGUUAGAGAGCAUCAACCUUCAAAUUAAUGAAAAGACACUCCAUGAGAUUUUGACUGAAGUGGAUUUGAACAAAAACGGGCAGGUUGAACUCAAUGAGUUUUUGCAGCUCAUGAAUGCUGUUCAGAAAGGCUAUGUCUCUGGAAGCCGCCUAGCUGUACUUAUGAAAACCGCUGAAGAGAACAUUGGUCAUCGGGAUGUGAUUUCAGUAGAUCGGAGUGGAGGUGGACUGUGAGGUUGGGGCGUUUACAGCUACAAAAUGGUGGAUAUUGUGCAGCGGCUUCGAUCAGUGGUGAAAAACAUUCCAGUUCUUUCAGCUGUGUCUGCUUCUACGUGAUCAACUAUACUGAAAAAUGCAUUUGUGCUCCCCCCCCCUUUAAAUUUCAUGUGAUGGUAUCACUACUGAUUUGUGGCCUACUGUACUCAGUAGAAGUUUUUGUUUUUCUGCAGAAUGGACAUUCAUUUGAAAAAGAGUAAGGGAAAGAGUUAGCGAACUUUGCCCCAGUUGCUUCACUCCACCUCUGGGCGAAGACACGGGACUCUGAACUGCACCCUGGCUGAACUGCACCCUGAAAUGCACCACAGCCAUGGGAGGGGGAAUCCAGGUUGGCAACCCAGCAUGAAUGUGGGUGGAGUUGCACUUUGCCAUCUGUACAGGAGGAAGAACAAUAAGCUCUAAGCUGGCCCUUGCCCUUCAGUUUGUACCUUGCUGCAUUGAAUGGGCAGAAAUGAACGGUGCCAAUAUGCCUUUUAGUGUCUUACAGGCUUUUUCAUUACAUCUCUGGAUUCCUUUCUCCUUUUUAGAGGAGUCUGUUGUGCUAAAUAUUCACUUUUUGCCUAAAACUGUUAAAACAUGCAUUUCCUGCAAAAGAGUAUUGUCCUUGUGGAGAUCAAGAGUGCUCUCAUCUAGAAUUUUCAUAGACUCUCUACCAACAUAUAGGUGAAUGUUCUGUCAAGGAAUCACAAUGAUGCUUGAUUGUGUUUGGUAGGAAGAUCUAUUUAGUUGAACUUCACAUUUCAGUGAUCUAUGUUUUUGUAUAGCAGCUGUGAUUUAUAGAUGGAGUUUUGAAAAGCAUACUAAAGCAAUGUAAGAUUAGACACAUAUCACAAGGAUAGCUUUAAAGAAACUGGACUUGUUAUUCCAUCAAGGAAAAAUGUAAUAUUGUGGGUGGAAUUCCCACUCUUGUUCUUUUCCUCUGUAACUGCAUGUUUUAUUUAGCAAGUGGUAAGCUUAGUGGUACCUAUAGGUGUUUUUCCUUUCUUGUACAAGAUUUUAACAAAAGUUUCUGAACUAAUUGUGUCUGGGGUGGUGGGUUUGUGCAUCUUGCACAAAUUAAGCACAAUUCCAAACGGUUCUAGCAUCCUGACAUGUUUUGUAGGAGAAACACUGAGCUGGACUACACUAGUAUGUUUUGCAGGACCAUUCUAAUGGAUCAUGAUGCCAUUUUGAUAUUCUGCAAGCAGUGUUCCACUUCUUUAUAUGCAAAUGUUGAUGAUCAAGACUUCUGCUGGAAAUAGCUAUUUAUGUUAAGAUAUUUCCUUCACAUUCUUAAUUUUAAAACAAACAAACAGAAGCUAUCAUUAAAGUGGAAUGAAUUCACAUUUUGUAUACAGGAUUUUCAACUUCUUUCCAAACUGAAUAUAAGGAGCUGAGUGUUAAAUAUAUGGUAUGAGAAGAUGACAAUGUUCUGAAAAGCCUCUAGUGAAAUCUCUGCAGAUUCAUCCCUUCAUAGCUUUUGCUCUGAUCAAGAUGCCUUCUACCUACCUUUUUAUAUUUUGGUAGUGGGGCGAUGACAACAUUUCCUUUGUGAUUUAGGCCCUAAGCUCUUCAGAUCGACUUGAAAUGCAUGACUAAAGUCUUGUACACAGUUGACCAUAUUUGAGGUCUCCUAGUGGGCACACAAAAUUGCUUUGUGCUGCUCUCCCCCCCCCCCCCCCCCGUGCUAACACAUACAGGAUUGUCUACACAUCAGUUUUGAUCCCCCUGUAUUUAUUAAUUAAUCUGUUUUGAUCUGGAUUUUUCUGCACUGAAUAAGGUGUAAUCAAAAACCAACUUCCUUUAUAUUCUAAAAAAUAUGGAUGUUUCUUAGAUUUAAAUCCCCCAAAGGAGUAUUGUGUGAAUAAGUCUCUAAUUAGAACAAGUGGCAUUUUAAAACUGCAUUGUAGUCCUUUAAGUAAAAGAGAAAUACCUGUGAUCCAGAAGUCUGCAUAUGUCUCAUCCAUACAUACAUCAGGAUUUAGCACACCAUUUCUCCUCCACCAGAGUUAGCUUGAAGAGAUGAAACAGGAGUGUGUGGACUUGGAAGUGCUGAAGAACAAAGAGUCCAAUAUUUGUCUACACACUUUGUGGAAGGAAACCAAUACUUAACAUAUUUGUAUGCAUAUUUUCAAAUAGGUUUGCUCUCUACAUUGGUAUAUGAGAACACCUGCCUACUUGUGCCUAUUUCUACUCUCACUCUGUCCUUGCUGUUUCCAUCUUUUGCUACCAAUGCAUUUUUAUCAUUACCUUGAAUCCCCACCCCCAUGGUUUAUGUGCAUGCUCUCCAUCCCUGGUUUGCACUUUCUGAAUUUUAGCCAAACUUUCCUUUGCUUUCCUUACAGUAGAAAAAAGUGUACAAGAAGCAAAAAGUUACCUGCAUUUUCUUACACCUGCUUGAUUUAGCGAUAUAAAAGACUCAGAAUUAUUUGAUUGCAUAACCUCCAAUUUUUAUACAUGUUUGGAAGAUUAUCAUAUGAAUAUAUGAUAAAUAUAAUGCACUUUCAGAAUUUUACUGUUUUGCAUUAUGUUAACUUGCUGUAUUACUACUGUCUUAAAAACAGAAAAGAGAAUGAACAGUAAGAACAACACCUAUGUGCACUGUGUGUGUGUACGUAUACAUACACAUACAUAUAUGCACACUGCAUGUUUGUAAUCUGGCACUUUUAUGUAUUGUGUUGGGUUAUUGUUCUAGACUGGACUAUUAAAUACUGUGUUUGAGGCUGGGUUGUCAUUUUUAUAACUGUCUUGGUGUUUUAUUGCUAUUAUUUAUUUCUUUUGAUAUACAGAAUGAACGCAUGCAUUUAUAGAGCAAUAAGAGGAUGUAUUUAAUGUGCCUUGUUUUUAACUGAAUAAGAACUGAAAGCAUGAAUCAAUAAAACUGAUUAAAAUGGUCCACUCGUUGGCAUCUUGUUGUUACCAGCAGUUACAGAAAUAAAGUUGAUUAGCCUUGAA